AUGGCGCUCGACAAUGAUACCAGAGGCUGGAUCAUGACAUGUAUCAGCGGGGUUGCCUGUGUUCUCGGCGCCAGUGUCAUCUGCAUUGAUGUCUUCGUCCGUCUCUUCCCCGGGAUGCGGGAUUUCCGCGUCGCCGAAAGCGACACCUUCCUGUCCGCUUCCCUCAGUCUGAGCAUGGGCGUCAUGCUGUUCUCUGCUCUAUAUUCAAUGCUCCCUCAGUCCAAAAUCUACUUGCAAGAUGGUGGUCACUCUCCCAGAAUGGCGUCCUUCAUCUUGAUCGGCUUGUUCCUUGCAGGUGUGGCUGGAAUCAGGAUAUUAUCUACAAUUAUGCAUCACUUUAUGCCCAGCCAUGUGGUGGAUUGUGACCAUACUCACGAGGACAAGGCGAGUAAGGAGCCCUUGGAGGAGAUGGCCGAACAUCCACAUGAUGACGAGCACGUGGGUGCUUACCAAGAGGUCAACAACUCUCCGGUGGAUGUGGACGAAGAGACUCCACUGCUCUCCAGGACUACGAGUGCUAGUCCUCCAAAGGCACAAGAGACUGUGGCAGCACUUGAUGCUUCAAGAAAACCCUCGAGCGAGAAUGGUUAUGUUACUGCUCCAACAUCACGACGACCGUCUUUAAUGCCGCGUGGUCUUACUCGGACUCUGACGCGCUAUGUAUCCGGCCAGAAGGACAAUUGUGACGAAAACGGCCCUUGCAUGGGAUUUUCCGACCCAUGUGGCCAGGAUUGUUUCAAGGCCAAGCAACGAAGAGGAACUCUUCUUCCUAUCUCAAACGUACCUGUUCGGGCUGCGACCUGGCGGAAACCCUCAGCAGAUCUGCGCUCCAUUUCCCCAGUCCCAGAGUCAGAGGAGGUUAGCGACGAGCAUGCAAAUGUUGCGAUAGGCGACCUAAACUUGGGCAAGACUCGAACUGUAGACGAGUAUGCCACGAACGGUCGUCUUACUGCAGUACGGUCGAGAUCUGCUACGCACCACUAUCAUCAUCCACCUCGUGAACACAUACAUCACAGCGAUCCGCAAACCCGUCGAGAAUCAGCGCAUUCGCAUUCGCAUUCAGUGACGAAUGAGCACCACCAUCACGUACCAAGCAAUGCCUUCAUGUCCAUCGGGCUGCAGACUUCCAUGGCUAUCGCUCUGCACAAGGCACCAGAGGGUUUCAUCACAUAUGCUACAAAUCAUGCGAAUCCGACUUUGGGAUUUGCCAUCUUCAUGGCUCUUUUCAUACACAACCUUACAGAGGGAUUCGCCAUGUCGUUGCCCCUGUACCUGGCGUUGAGCUCUAGAUUCAAGGCUAUCCUGUGGUCAUCGUUGCUAGGAGGUCUCUCGCAACCCCUAGGAGCAGGUGUUGCAGCUCUGUGGUUUCAUUUGGCAUCAAACGGCAAACUUGGACUGGGCGCACCAAGCGAAGCGGUCUACGGUGGUAUGUUUGCAGUUACGGCGGGUGUCAUGACCAGUGUUGCCUUGUCCUUGUUCUCUGAAAGCCUUCAGCUCAGCCACAACAAGGGAUUGUGUAUAGCGUUUGCGUUUAUUGGCAUGGGAGUGCUCGGGUUGAGCUCGGCUUUGACCGCGAAAUGA